GGCUGUGUCAUGUCGAGCCCAUCCACCUCCUCGCCGCCAGAGCAGGCCAAAUGCCCAGUGGACCAUAACACGCGCGCUGCCUGGCUAGCCCAGCACACCUCCGGAACCCAUCCUACUUCCUCGCCUCACCCAUCCUCUCUCCCAACAGAGCGCGAAACCUCCUCCAUUCCACGAACUGACACCGACUCGAACUGGGUCUACCCGAGCCAAUCCCAGUUCUACUCCGCCAUGUCGAGGAAACACUCGCAAGGCGCUUACGCCUCCCCACCAGAUGCGGGGGACAUGCCUGUCGUAGUGCCUAUCCAUAAUGCGGUGAAUGAGCGGGCAUGGGGGGAGGUUCUUGCCUGGGAACGAGGGAGGGGAGGGGAAGUAUGCGGAGGGGUGAAGCUGCAUUCGUUCAAAGGCAAACCGAGGGAGAAAACCUGGAGAGCAUGGGGAAGGGUCAUGCUAGGGUAUCAGGCGCCGUUUGACCGACAUGACUGGAUUGUGGACCGGUGUGGACACCAGAUCCGGUAUAUUAUCGACUUCUACGCUGGGCGCCCUACGCCUACACCUUCAUCCGGGGCACAAGGUACUGCUGGUGCUCCACAUCCGAUGAAAGACGCAAAUGGCCAGGUAUCGUUCUUUUUGGAUGUGAGGCCAGCGCCGGAUACGUGGGAAGGGGUGAGUAUGCAGGCGGGGAGGAUGUGGGCGGGACUAUGGGGUCGGUAGCUGGAAUGGAGGUUCGCCAGCUGCACGUGAGAGACCGUGAAGCUGAGGAGAACUUGAUGGAUCAAAAGAGUGGAGGCAGGAAUGUAAAGGUGCAUCUUGUAACUGUGUCCCU